AUGGAGCCCAACAGCCCUAAAAAAAUACAGUUUGCUGUGCCACUGUUUCAGAGUCAAAUAGAUCCCGAAGCAGCUGAGCAGAUCAGGAAAAGAAGGCCUACACCAGCAUCGCUCGUCAUCAUGAAUGAACACGUGCCCCCAGAAAAAGACGAGAAGAGAACAAACAUCUCGCAGGCAGAGUCCCAGAGCGCCUCUCCCAAGCAGAGGAAGCAGAGCGUCUUCACCCCACCUGCCCUCAAAGGGAUUAAGCAUCUGAAGACUCAGACUGAUUCAGCGUUUCCAGAGGAAGAAGAGGGAGUCAGUGAAAGGGAAGAGGAGUGGGGCCAUUAA